AUUUCAUACUGAGCACUAUCAAACCCCUGUAAUUUAUCAAAAUACAACCUUUCUUCUUGGUGCACUGCUGAAUUAAAGCAGCAUUCAGAUUAUUUAAGCCUUUGAAUGGAGCAAAAACUGGCCUAUUGUUUCAUACACAGAUUAAUAUACACAUUUUAUGUGCUGAAGCAGACUAAGUAUGAGGUUUUUCAGCUUUAAUUAUUCAUUUUUGCAUAUUUACACAGAAACCUCUGAUGGACAGAUGUGGAGGUUUAGAAAAUACAUUUUUGCUCGAGGAAACAUUGGCUGCUGUAAGCUGCACUUUAGUUUCUGGGACAUUUUUGUCAGAUUUCUGUGCCUUUUUUUUUACAUUUCAGUGAAAAACUAGUUAAUUAACUUUUUAGCUCCUUAAAUUUUGAACCUUUUUUUGUAUCUUUUAUGAAUCAAGUUCCAGAAAUAACAAAGUGUUUAUUCCUCUACUGCACACUGUUUAUUAUUAUUUAAAUAACUUGUAAUUUAAUAUAAUCCUUCUUCCAGCUGUUCCUUCUUCAAAGGCAUGUCGUAGCACUCCUCCAUAAUUUUAAUAUUCUCCAAAUCUGAAAAGAAAAAAUAUUAACGCGUGAGUACCAACUGUAAAUGUUAUUUAACUUUUACACUUUGACAUUUACAUAAACCUUUAGAAAAAUUAUCUCCAUAAAAGGAUUGCUUACAAACAUUGAUAAUAGGGAACAUUCCUAGAAGCAAGUUUAUUUUUCGUUUUGUGAAUAUUUUUAAAUAAAAUAAAAAGCAUCAUAGGUAACUUACAUGCAGUUUUUAUGCAACAUAUAAUACAUAAAUGGAUCACUUCACCGACUUUUAAACUAUUUCCCAAACUAGUGGUCUAGUUCCUCUUUGAUUUUAUCAGAUAUCUUUGUUGCAGUGAUUUAAAUAAUGUACAUUUUUAACACUGCUUACAUCAAACAAAAUGUUAAACCUUUUAAUAAAUAAUUGCAUUGUAUUGUACUAUUAUUAUAUGCAUCUGAGUCAUCUAGGUAGAUAAAUCAAAAAGAAAAAAAAAAAGUAAGUCCUCCGGAAGGGUUCUUCUUUAAUGAAAAGUUUCGUCUCUCCUCCCAGAGACUUCUUCAGUCUGAGAGUUUCAGGUUAACUUUUUUCUUUCUGAUUGUAUUGUCAUGUUAAAAUCUGCUAUAACAAUGCAAACGUUGCGUCCAGUGUGAGUAAACAACACGUAUUUUCAGUCAGGCAGGGCGGAAGUUAACCGCUUCCUGCCUUCGGUCGGGUCCUGUUGAGCAGCCCGUGCUCGGCUGUGCUGGAGACCCCGCGCUGCCUGCACCUCUAACGUCUCGGGUGAGUUUGUUACAAUGUAACAAUUUCUCCAUUAAACCCAAUAACGGUUACAAAGCUGCGAUAUCUGCUAACUGCGCGGCGCACACGAACCGCACCGGCACCGCAACAGAAGCGCCACGGUGCCGCGCCGCCCCGCAAAACAGGCUCAUUUUUCCAACGAAAUCCCAAGCAUUACCCCCCUCAUCCAAGAGUAUUCCAACAUUAACUCAUAUUCUCUGCUUGCAAUAAUCAGCGACAGACCGCCGCGUAGUUGCGUUUACGCCUCUCGACACACCGAACCGCUCCUCUUCGGUCCGGUCCGGGCGCCGCCGUGCGGUAUCGGUGUUUAAAUUGUGUCACUCUGUGGUUUGUUUUGAAUGUCAAAGGCUCCAGCUAGCUGUACGUCUGAAUAUUGUUGAUAGCAGGUUAGCUUGCUAGGCUAACAAAAGUCAACCCAGAUGCAUCAAAACCACUUAAAAUAGCGGCGAAGUUGGGUUUCGAAAACAAACGUUUGACUCUUAAAGUAGUUGCGGUGCUGUCAAACACUACAUGCGUGGUUAAAUCGGUAAAGUAUGCGUGCAAAGCUCGUUAAAAACACCAGUUAGCAUGUAGCCGUCCGUUUGCAUCGUCUCCAUUCAUAUCCUGCGCACUGUGGGUUUUUACGGCUGCGAUACGCCGACCUGCUCCGAGCGGCGGCUGCCUUUCCUUCAAAAAAUGUCCCAUAAUGUGUCUUAUUUAAUAAAAAACUCGUUUCGGUUUGUUUCAUUUGGUUUUGGUUUAAUACAUGAAAAAAGUCGGCAGCGCUCGAAAUGUUCCGAGAGACGAAGCGAAAACCGCGCGUUUUCAGUUUGUUUUCUGUUUUUAGUUGGUGUUUAGUUCAUGUUUUUAUCUGUCAGGUUUAUUAUUUAGCUUUGUAAGUAACUAAAUGACCUGCUUCAACUCUAAACUGUUUUAUUUGUCUUUAGGACCUUUAAAAAUACAAAUAUAAUACGAGUACACCUGUUAAACUGUUUUGUUUACAUUUCUGCCUCUGCACUUGUGUUUUUACCCAAAAGAAUGUUUGACAACAACUAGGUGAUGUAAUAGUCUUUACCACCAUGUUCAUUUAGGUAUUUUGUACAUUUAAUACCUGAGCACAUAACAUUUACAUCACUGUGAACCAAUUAUACUGGUUUUACCAUCAGAGUACAUGUAAAAUACUAGAUAUUUUAACUGUAUUCUACUAUUUUGAUCAGACUACAAAUACUACCAUAUUUUUAAACCUCAGUACAGAAAAAUAAUCACUUUCCUAAAUGUUAUCUUUCUCUAAAAGCAGACCUGUAGAAUCCUGUCAUUAUUAUCACUUUAUUAUUAAAAUAUAGUUGUAAAAAUUAGGUAUUAUUGCUCAUUUUAAACGAGAAUUCAACACUAUUAUUCACAAAUCCUGAAGGAUCACAAUAAACCAGAAUUUGUUAUAUUUAAGCACCAUUUGUUCAUGUUUUGCUGAUAAUUAUAUAUUUACUCGAUCUGUUGGUUUAGAUGACAGAAGCAAAAUAUAUUGAACAGUAUUAUCGCAUGUUUUUCUAAUAUUUACACCCCUGUUAUUACAUCUAAUAUUCUAAGAAUCUGCUAUAUACUUUUUUGACAGCUUUGUAAAAACAAGCAGAUUUGUUGUCUUAUUAAUGAUACUGUGCAAAGAUUUGCUUGAAAAGAGAUGUCCUAAAUGUCAAUUGUUGAAAAAUAAUCAUGCUAAAUUUUAAAUGAUUAUUCUUUUUAUGCUGCCCUAAUAUAGAAAUAUAAAAGAACAGUGGUGACUGUGGAACAAAUCUUGCAUAAACUUAAAAAUACUUCUCAAUUUCAACAGUUGUCAUGGAUGAUGAAGACGGCAGGUGCCUUCUAGAUGUGAUUUGCGACCCAGAAGCUCUCAAUGACUUUCUUCAUGGAUCUGAGACCCAUUUGGACACUGACGACCUUUUGGAUGGUUCGAAUGACCCCUCCAGCUCAUUCUUCUCUGCCGCUGGGGGACAUGUUCCGGAGGUCCAGCCCGUGGCCCAGCUGUCGGCCUGCGAGUCGGCGGGCCUGCCCAGAGUCAGCGUGGACCUGGACUUCCUCGAGGACGACGACAUCCUGGGCGGAUCCCCGGGCGGAGAAGGCGGCAGCAACGGCAUCGGGGCGAACCACGAGACGUGCGACAUCCUGCAGCAGAGCUUGGCCGAGGCCAACAUCACGGAGCAGAGCUUGCAGGAGGCCGGCGCCGAGCUGGACCUGGACCCCUUCGAAUGUCUGGCGCAGGUCCCAUCGCUGCCCGACGCCGGCCUCUCCGGAGGCGUAGGGAUCGGUGGAGCGGCGGCGGUUUUCCCCGGUGCCGCCCCGAACGCCACGGCGACCCCUCCCAACGCCACGGCUGACAUGCUCGGGUCAGUACUGGCCCAGCAGGGCCUUCAGCUCCAGUCCCAGGUCAUGAACAAGGCCAUUAGUGUCCAGCCAUUCAUGCAGCCAAUGGGUCUGGGGAAUGUGACACUUCAGCCCAUUUCAAGUCUCCAGGCUCUUUCUAACGGGGGCCAGUCGGGACCUUUGGGUAUCGGACAGAUUCAGGUUGUGGGCCAGCCUACAGUCAUGACGAUCAACCAGUCUGGGCAGCCCAUCCUGGCUAAGGCCAUGGGUGGAUACCAGCUACACCAGUCUGGACCCGAAGUAUCUGCCGCCGGUGCUCAGGCAGGACUUGGAGCUUCGGGCGGUGGACUUCUAAUCCAAGGCAACAAAGCAACUUUGGCGCCUCCGGCUUUAAACGGACCGGCUGUUUGCGUCAGCAGCACGAGCGGCGGCGGCACCGGCACCAUAACGGCUCCCGCUGGACUCGUGGGCUUUGGAGGCACCCCUCUGAACACGGGAGUGGCACCCCAGACGCAAACUCCGGGCCAGAUCAUGCAGAACGUCAUCAUCCAGCGCACGCCGACACCCAUCCAGCCCAAACCGCCCCAGGGGGGAGCCAUCCAAACAAAACUCUUCAAACCGCCGCAGCAGCAGCCGCAACAAGCUGCGCCCCAGCCCCUGCAGAACGAUGCCCACAAAGCUCUCGGGCUGCAGCAGCUUCCAGUUUCUGCUGCUCAGAAUGUAGCUUUCCUGACAGGGAAACCAGGUUCUAACGUAGUCCUGAGUACUCCAGCCACAACGCAGGGCCCCCAGUUCCAACAAACUCUCUUCAAGCAACAAGCAGCACAGCCGUCCGGCAAACCCCUCAGCGUUCAUUUAUUAAACCAACAGGGCAUCGUUAUUCCCUCUCAGACUGUCCUCCAAGGCCAGAACCACCAGUUCCUCCUGCCUCAGCUGCAGGCGGGGGGGCAGAUCCUGACCCAGCACCCCAGGGGCCACAUCAUCACCAGUCAGGGUCCCGGCGGGCAGCUCAUCGCCAACCAGAUUUUAACUUCAAACCAGAACAUCAACCUGAGCCAGGUGUUGACCUCGCAGGGCCACGCCGGGGCGGCCCACAUCCUCUCCGGACCCAUUCAGCUGCAGCCCGGUCAGAUGGGCGCGCCGACCCUCUUUCAGAUGCCCGUGGCCUCGCUGGCUCAGGGCCAGGGCCAGACGCAGACUCCCACCGUCUCCGGUCACGCCCAGACUGUCAUACAGGGCGUGCCGAUCCAGAGCUCCCUGGCCAUGGUGGGUCAGGUGGAGGGGCUGAGCCCCGCGGUCAGCCUCCAGCCCACCCUGCAGCCCCAGCAGCCGGGCGGAGUCCCCAGCAGCACCGGAGCGGCGACCGUGGCUCAGGGCCAGACCGGCGAGACCGUGGCCGUGCUGGGGAGCUCCGCGGAGCCGAGCGCUCAUCCCGCUCCGCAGCUCGUACCGCAGAGCUCCAUCCUCGCCAUGCAGCCGGCCUCAUCCACCGCUUCCACCGUGGCUUCUUCCUCUUCCUCCAUGUCUGCCACCACCUCUGCCUCGGUCACAGCUGUGGGGCUGGUCCCCCCGCAGGCUCAGAGCAGCCCGGGGAGGUUACUGUUCACCAACCAGGCGCCGAGCAUGAUCCUGAGCCAGGAGUCUCUGCAGAUGUUCCUGCAGCAGGUGCCCUCAGCUGGACCUCAGCAGCCUCUGAAGAUUCAGGGCCUGUCCUCCUCACCGGCCUUAACCACUCACACCACAACACCUCCAGUGGUAGAGAGUCCCCAGCCUUCCCAGUCUCCCCUGACUCUGAGCCAGCAGAUCCAGUCUCCGCUCCAUCAGCAGCAGUCGCGUCCCUCCUCUCAGCCUCAGCCUCAGACUCAGACUCCCUCGCGCUCCUGCACGCCGUCAUCCCACCCCUCGCUUUUCAUCAUCCAGAACCAAAUCACAGAGUCCCCCAAACCCGCCGCGCAGGGCCAGGUCCAGCAAACGCCGCCUCAGCAAGCCAACAUUCAGGUCCAGCUCCAGCCUCUGCCCCGGCCCGCCUCGCAGCCCGCUUCCUACCAGCAAGAAAUGCCUCCGGUGGCGCAGUCGCCCAAACCUUUGCCCGCAGCUCCGCCGCAGCACCAGUUCGCCACGCCUGCCGGCAGCGCCGCCGUGGUGAAGACGCAGGUUCCCCUCCAGGGCCUGACGGCAGGGCAACAGCACCACCUGCAGAUGGUCGGAACACAAAUCCAGACUCAGACCCUGCCUCAGCAGAAACACCUGCUGGAGAAGCUGCACCAGGUCCAGCAGAACAUCCUGCUCCAGGCAAAACCUCAACCUCAAGCCACGAGUCAGUUCAGUUCCCAGCAAGAUGUGCCUGUUGAUAAAGCGGUGAUUGCGUCAUCGUCGUCAUCCUCAGCGGCGAGCGUUGAAGCACCUGCUCAGAUUCCCACAAUGCUGCAGCCGACCUCGGUGCUCAUUAAAACUCCCGCCACAGCUUCAAGUGACUUACAGGUAUUCUCAGGAGUCCAGGGACCAGCCGGAGCAGCGGUGAAUCAGACUGUCCCUCCUGUCAGCCUUACUCAGCCUACACAGGUUCAGCCAAAUCCAGGAGUGAUCAGCUCAGUGGGAGGGGUGACUCUGGGGAAAGGUGGGAUGAAGAUUCAGGUGUUGGGACCCGCCUUGUCUCAGAUGCCCGCUCCACAGGCCCUGGCUCCAGGACAAAUUCAGCUCGCGUCGCAGACAACAACAGUGAAAAUGCCUUUAAGUGCGGAGCCCAGCAGAGAAGCCAG